AUGGGGCUCUGGGACUCGCUCCUCAACUGGCUCCGAAGCCUGUUCUUUAAGCAGGAGAUGGAGCUCUCCCUGGUUGGCCUACAGAAUGCUGGGAAGACAUCUCUAGUCAAUUCAAUUGCUACCGGUGGAUACAGCGAGGACAUGAUUCCAACUGUAGGCUUUAAUAUGCGGAAAGUCACCAAGGGAAAUGUCACAAUUAAACUUUGGGAUCUUGGAGGGCAACGUAGAUUCCGGACUAUGUGGGAGCGCUACUGUCGUGGAGUUACGGCUAUUCUAUACGUUGUCGAUGCUGCUGACCGGGAUAGCGUUCCGAUUGCUAAAAGUGAAUUGCAUGACCUGCUGACAAAACAAUCUUUAUCUGGGAUCCCCUUACUUAUCCUUGGCAACAAAAUUGACAAGUCAGAGGCACUUUCUAAGCCGGCAUUAGUUGAUCAACUAGGCCUGGAAUCUAUAAAGGACCGUGAAGUUUGCUGCUACAUGAUCUCUUGCAAGGACUCGGUGAACAUAGAUGUUGUCAUUGAUUGGCUCAUCAAGCAUUCUAAGACUGCAAAUUAG